CGGGCGAAGAUUUCUCUUGCCAAUAGAGGGCACCAGUCGGCGUGCAGAGUAACCCGCUCUUGCCGUCCCUUCCUUAAGCACUUCCUGUCUGAUCUCUAUGAUCCAUCCAGUUGCUACGUGACAAGUUCCGAAAGUUUUCAAUUUACAGUAAACAAAAGAGGCGUGCGCCGACCCGGAAGUGAAAGCUAGAACCCUGCCAGAGCAGUUCCGAGCGCCGACAGUGAGGAAGGAGGUCCGGGGAAAGUUGUAGCCAUGGCAGUUGCCGUGGCCCUGGCGGGAGCCGUAAUCGGUUCGGAGCCAGGCCCCGCGGAAGAACUUGCCAAACUCGAGUAUCUGUCUUUGGUGUCGAAGGUUUGCACUGAGCUGGACAAUCACUUGGGGAUCAACGACAAGGAUCUAGCUGAAUUUGUGAUCAGUCUUGCUGAGAAAAAUACUACCUUUGACACGUUUAAGGCUUCUCUGGUCAAAAAUGGUGCAGAAUUCACGGAUUCUCUUAUUAGUAACUUGCUGCGUCUCAUACAAACCAUGCGGCCUCCAGCAAAACCUUCUACCAGCAAAGAUCCAGUUGUUAAACCAAAAACUGAAAAGGAAAAGCUGAAGGAGCUCUUCCCAGUCCUUUGCCAACCAGACAACCCUUCUGUCCGGACCAUGCUGGACGAGGACGAUGUGAAAGUUGCUGUGGAUGUCCUGAAAGAACUGGAAGCUUUGAUGCCUAGUGCAGCAGGCCAGGAAAAGCAGAGAGAUGCUGAGCACAGGGACAGGACAAAGAAGAAGAAACGGAGUCGAAGCCGAGAUCGAGACAGAGACAGAGAUCGAGAUCGAGAUAGAGAGCGAAACCGAGAUAGAGACCAUAAGCGGAGACACCGAUCCCGCUCUCGGUCACGUUCCAGGACCCGGGAAAGGAAUAAAGGGAAGUCUAGAUAUCGGUCCAGAAGCAGAAGUCAGAGUCCCCCCAAAGACCGAAAGGACCGGGACAAAUAUGGGGAGAGAAAUAUGGACAGAUGGCGGGAUAAACAUGUGGACCGCCCUCCCCCUGAAGAGCCUGCCAUUGGGGACAUUUACAAUGGCAAAGUUACCAGCAUCAUGCAGUUUGGAUGCUUUGUGCAGCUAGAAGGACUAAGGAAGCGAUGGGAAGGCCUUGUGCACAUCUCUGAGCUCCGGCGGGAAGGCCGAGUGGCCAAUGUGGCUGAUGUGGUGAGCAAAGGCCAGAGGGUCAAAGUCAAAGUGCUAUCCUUCACUGGGACCAAGACUAGCCUGAGCAUGAAGGAUGUGGACCAAGAGACUGGAGAAGAUUUAAACCCAAAUCGACGACGAAAUCUUGUUGGGGAGACUAAUGAGGAGACCUCAAUGAGGAAUCCGGACAGACCCACUCACCUGUCCCUCGUCAGUGCCCCUGAAGUAGAGGAUGACUCACUGGAGCGCAAGCGCCUCACCCGCAUCUCUGAUCCAGAGAAGUGGGAGAUCAAACAGAUGAUUGCUGCCAAUGUUCUUUCCAAAGAAGAAUUUCCAGACUUUGAUGAAGAGACUGGCAUUCUUCCUAAGGUGGAUGAUGAAGAAGAUGAGGACCUGGAGAUCGAACUGGUUGAGGAAGAGCCCCCAUUCUUGAGAGGGCACACCAAGCAAAGCAUGGACAUGAGCCCCAUUAAAAUUGUUAAGAACCCAGAUGGCUCCCUUUCCCAAGCAGCGAUGAUGCAGAGUGCCUUAGCCAAAGAAAGGCGGGAACUCAAGCAGGCACAGCGGGAAGCUGAGAUGGAUUCUAUUCCCAUGGGACUCAACAAACACUGGGUUGAUCCUCUGCCUGAUGCGGAAGGCAGGCAGAUUGCUGCCAACAUGAGGGGCAUUGGGAUGAUGCCUAAUGACAUUCCUGAGUGGAAGAAGCAUGCCUUUGGGGGCAACAAAGCUUCUUAUGGGAAAAAGACCCAGAUGUCAAUCCUUGAGCAGAGGGAGAGCCUGCCCAUCUACAAACUGAAGGAGCAGCUAGUCCAGGCUGUCCAUGACAAUCAGAUCCUGAUUGUUAUCGGAGAGACAGGAUCUGGGAAGACAACGCAGAUCACUCAGUACCUGGCGGAGGCAGGCUACACUUCCAGGGGCAAGAUUGGGUGUACCCAGCCCAGAAGAGUGGCAGCCAUGUCGGUGGCCAAAAGAGUAUCAGAAGAGUUUGGUUGUUGCUUAGGCCAAGAGGUGGGCUACACCAUUCGAUUUGAGGACUGCACUAGUCCCGAAACAGUCAUCAAGUACAUGACAGACGGGAUGUUGCUCAGAGAGUGCCUGAUUGACCCUGACCUCACUCAGUAUGCCAUCAUCAUGUUGGACGAGGCACAUGAGAGGACAAUUCACACUGACGUGCUCUUUGGAUUGUUGAAAAAGACAGUUCAAAAACGGCAGGACAUGAAGCUGAUUGUCACCUCAGCCACCUUGGAUGCAGUGAAGUUUUCUCAGUACUUCUAUGAAGCUCCCAUCUUCACCAUCCCAGGUCGAACGUAUCCAGUGGAAAUACUGUACACAAAGGAGCCCGAGACAGAUUAUCUGGAUGCCAGCCUGAUCACUGUCAUGCAGAUCCAUUUAACGGAGCCACCAGGUGACAUCCUGGUCUUCCUGACUGGUCAGGAGGAGAUCGAUACUGCUUGCGAGAUCCUGUAUGAAAGAAUGAAAUCCCUGGGACCUGAUGUUCCAGAGUUAAUUAUCCUCCCUGUGUACUCUGCUCUUCCCAGUGAGAUGCAGACCCGAAUCUUUGACCCAGCUCCACCAGGCAGCAGAAAGGUUGUGAUUGCCACCAACAUCGCAGAGACAUCUCUGACUAUAGAUGGCAUCUACUAUGUGGUGGACCCUGGAUUUGUGAAGCAGAAAGUUUACAAUUCGAAGACAGGGAUUGACCAGCUUGUGGUGACGCCUAUUUCUCAGGCUCAGGCAAAGCAACGAGCUGGCAGAGCUGGGAGAACAGGCCCAGGGAAGUGUUACAGGCUGUACACGGAGCGUGCCUACCGAGAUGAAAUGCUGACCACCAACGUGCCAGAAAUCCAGAGAACCAACUUAGCCAGCACAGUGCUGUCACUCAAGGCCAUGGGUAUCAAUGACCUGCUGUCCUUUGAUUUCAUGGAUGCCCCACCAAUGGAAACUUUGAUCACAGCCAUGGAGCAGCUGUACACACUGGGGGCCCUGGAUGACGAGGGCCUGCUCACUCGCCUGGGCCGCAGGAUGGCAGAGUUCCCUCUGGAGCCAAUGCUUUGCAAAAUGCUCAUCAUGUCUGUGCAUCUGGGCUGCAGUGAGGAAAUGCUGACCAUCGUUUCCAUGCUGUCUGUGCAGAACGUCUUCUACAGGCCCAAGGAUAAACAAGCCCUUGCAGAUCAGAAGAAGGCCAAGUUUCACCAGACCGAGGGGGACCACCUCACCCUGCUGGCUGUGUAUAACUCCUGGAAGAACAACAAGUUCUCCAACCCAUGGUGCUAUGAGAACUUUAUCCAAGCUCGUUCCCUGCGCCGGGCCCAGGACAUUCGCAAACAGAUGUUAGGCAUAAUGGACAGACACAAGCUGGAUGUUGUUUCCUGUGGCAAGUCCACUGUCCGAGUGCAGAAGGCCAUCUGCAGUGGGUUCUUCCGUAAUGCUGCCAAGAAAGACCCGCAGGAGGGUUACCGGACACUGAUCGACCAGCAGGUGGUCUACAUCCAUCCUUCCAGUGCUCUCUUCAACAGACAGCCGGAAUGGGUGGUGUACCAUGAACUGGUGCUGACCACGAAGGAAUACAUGCGCGAAGUCACCACCAUCGACCCCCGGUGGCUUGUGGAGUUUGCCCCAGCCUUCUUCAAGGUCUCUGACCCAACCAAGCUAAGCAAGCAGAAAAAGCAGCAGCGGCUUGAACCCUUGUACAACCGCUAUGAAGAGCCCAAUGCCUGGAGAAUAUCCCGGGCCUUCCGGCGGCGCUGAAAGGCAAGCUCAUCCUCUGCCUCCCUGCAGCAGCAGCCUAGGCUUGGACUUGCUAUCAUCGAUGAAAAGCUCUUCAGCUGUCUUUUGGCCAAAUAUCUCAACUGGAUGUUUUCUAAACUUGACUCAUUCCUUCCCUGAUUGUAAAUUGACCCAGGGAUUUAAGCCUGGCUUUGGCCAGAGCCUCCAGCCUCCACCACUUCAAGUCCUGGGACCAGUUGGGAGCUCAUAGCUAACACGGAGACACACUGCAUCAUCUUUAAGAAAGGGGCAACUUGUGCAGCCCUGGGAUAGGAAGGGGAGUUUGAGCACCUGGCACAGGGACACACAGUGAGGGCCCUGGUGCCCCCUCUCCAACCCCUGUAUUUCAGCUUAACUCCCUGGAAAUAUUUAUUUUCUUAAGGAAACAAAAAGGAUGGUUUUCUGUGACUGUUUCUUUUAGCUGAAAGGUUGGGAUGUUGGCCUGGGCUCAGUCAGGGUGAGGGAGAUUUAGUAUCUGUGGCUUUGGUGCACCUGACAGAGAAUCCCCUGAAUGCCCUGAAACCAGGGCCCAGGGCCUCUUUGGGCUCGGACAUGACGCACCACCCAGACCUCCAGCCUCGCCUCACAGCAUCCAAGCUAGCCCAGCACCCCGGAGGACCACUGUGUGACUGACCACAUCCACUCCACAGAGCGCUUCUGUCUGGGCUCCUAAGUGGUUACAGAUGCCACAUAUUGAAUACAGAAGGCUUAGCCCUCGCUGCCUCCUGCCACUCGCACAAUGUGCAGUGUGCUCCACUUCCUCUUGAAACAUGCUAAGCAAUGACACUUGUAUUUUAUUUUGUUUUUAUCCCCUACCCCCAGGUGCUCAAUGGGCUUUAACAAAGGAAUUUUAUGGUCAAGGCCUCCCUCCCCCAACCCCAAGCAGAAAAAUAACAUAACACCCCUAACGAGCUUGUGCUACCCAGUGAGCCUGUGAGCUUGUGCUACCCAGUGUCUGUGCUCCAGGGCUUGUUCUUAGUGGUUUCUUCCUAGCACUUCCAUGGGGAAUCGCCACCUCAUGGUGGCCCCCUCACAGCUCCCCAGGAGGCUCUUUACCUGGAGGAACAUGAGGCAGGUCCUGCCAGGCCAGGUUGCGGAACUUCUGGAAAGCUGGAUGUGGAUCGCAUAGGGAAGCCCCUGGGAGAUGGGCACAUCCUGCUACUGUGCCACCCCCACUGCCUCCUCCCACCCCCACAUUGGUAAGUUCUGAGAUUAAGUAGAUACUGGAACUGCUAUGACAGAUGCUAAAAGAGACUAUGUGACAUUCUUGGAUAUAGCGGGAUGUGGUUUGUUACUGGGUAGCAAAUAAACCAUAGUAAAGACAAAAUUCAGAAAGAAUCCAAGGGGGAGGAAUAUAGGCCAGGGAGCGUGCUGACUGCAGUUCCUGCCCCUUCAGUAAGGGAGUGAGUGUCCCCAGUUCCAUUGGAGUGUGGCCUUAGUGAGCCCAGGCUGGUAGUCAAAGUACCAGGACAUUGUUGUGUGUUAAACCUGAACGCUUUGUGGGGAGAUACAGUGGGGCGACCGACAGGUGAAACCAAAAGGCAACUCCCCAGUCUUAUUUCCAGCCUGGGUCUUCUCCAUUCAGAACAAAUUCCUGGGCAUGGCGGCCCAGCCCCUCCCAACUGAGUGCCUGGCACUGACCGUGUUGGCACCCGAGGAGGAAGGUUUGGGAUUUAAGCUGAGGUUGAAAAGGUGUUUAACAGGCCAAGGGGGAGGGAUGGCAGGCUUCUUUCUGGCUUCAGUGUUCUUUCUGGCUUCAGUGAGGAAAAAGAAGGAUCCCAACUCUGUGGGUGUUCCUUGACCAUCUCUACCCUGGAGCUGGGGUCACUUGUGUGCUGUGACAACACAGCUGGGGCCAACCUUUUGACUGUCCAUCAGGAAAGCAGUGUCUUGGCAAGGGAGCCACGCCUGAUCUGAGGGAGAAGGGGGCUCCUCCCCAGAUUUGGGAGGGGAGCUCGCCUACUGCUCUCGCACAAUGGGGCCCUUCUUUCUCUUCCUUGAACCAGUGUUUCCUGAGAUUGAGUGACAGGAUGUGGGUCUCAUGCAGAGAGCUGGAAUCUUCUUGGCCAUUAAAGUAUACUGUUCACCCCAACCCAGCAGGAGCCGAGCUCAGGCAUUGCCUGCCUGCCCCCGCACGUGUGCUGAGUCUGUGUGUUUGUGCGAGUGGGGAACCGUCCCCCUGGGGUGCUGGUAAGCUCUGCUGCUGAGUCAGGCUGCUUGGGCCAGGUUUGCUUCAUCCAGUCUAGAGCAUGGUUUGGUUUUGGCUGUCCCUCCUGCAGUCCAAAGAAUUUCCUCCCCGUGGUUGCUGUAGCUGUCUCAUUGGAGCAGUGCCCCUCCAAGUUUGAGGAUUUGAACAAAGAGCUGUUAGGAAUGGCUUGUUAAUGAACAGUUCAGAGGGCAGAGGCAAACAUCUCAGCCUGGGGAAACCCUACCUGGGACACUACUUCUCAUCCAACUCCGUUUUUUUCCAAGUGUGCAUUCUCAGCCCUCUGAGUUUUACACCUUCUUCCCACCAUGAUAGCCUGGCUUUAAUGUGAAAUUAAAUGGUACAUUUUUUAAAACUUG